AUGGGUUGCUGCCUCUCGGCGCCCGACGACGACGACGCCGGCGGUGGGCUGGACCCCGUGUCCGGCACCCACCAGUUCACGAUCCGGCAGUACAGCCAGACCAAAGGCAUCGGCUCCGGCAAGUCCAUCCUCUCCCGCUACUUCACCGUCGACGGCCGCACGUGGUACGUGCGAUUCUACCCCGACGGCUACACCCCCAACUCGCAGUUCGUCGCCUUAUACGUGCAGACGCUCUACAAGCCGCAUUGCCGCGCCGUCCGCGCCCGGUUCACCUUCGAGCUCCUCAAGCCCGAUGGCACGGUCGGCUACGCGCGGCGCUCCGACCGGCCCUGCAGCUUCGACCGGUACUGCAACUGCUGGGGCUUCCGCGUCUUCGUCACCCGCGAGGCCCUCGAGGGCGCAGACCUGGGCGUCCUCCACGGCGACUCCAUCAAGGUGCGCUGCACCGUGGAGGUCGUGAACAGCCGCCGGAAGAACCGCGGCGGCAACCAGGCCCGAGCCGCCGCCGCCGCCGCCGCGAUGGCGCCCCAGUCGGACUUCGCGGCGAACGCCAUGCGGUUCUUGAAGAGCGGCAGGGCGCCGUUCGACGUCAAGUUCUCCGUGGGCGGCACGGUCUUCGAGGCGCACGGGCUGGUGGUCGCGGCGCAGUCCGAGUGGUUCGCGACGGCGCUCUACGGCCACGGGGACGAGGGGAGGUGGGCGGAGGCGGGGAUGCAGUGCAUUACCAUCUCGGACACGACCCCGGAGGCGUUCGAGGGCGUGCUCUACUACAUCUACCACGACGAGCUGCCGGAGGAGCUGAUCAAGGCCAGUGGCGACGAGGCCGCGAUGACGCGGGAGCUGUUCGAUGCCGCGGACAUGUUCCUCAUCGAGAGGAUGAAGAGGAUGUGCGCCAGCCGAUUGCGCCGCUUCAUCAAGGAGGACACGGUGCGGAGCAUCAUGGAGCUGGCCCAGGCGCACUCCUGCAAGGAGCUCGAGCAGGCCUGCCAGACUUACUUGGGCCGCCGUAGGCCUUAG